GAACUGAACUGGGAGCUUUUCUUUCUGUGAGCCCCACCAUUUGUUCGAAUAUUAAAUAUUACCCACCACCGGAAACCUUUGAAAACUUCCCCCGCAGCAGCCGUUGAUCCAAAAAUUUACAUAAAGCCAUUCACCCCCUUUCACCUUUCGAAACUUCUGAUUCUCUUUCUACGACCUUCUCUCUACAUGUCAUAUAUAUUCUCACGUCUGAGAUUAUCAACUACAAGAAUUCCAACUCAAGCAAAAUUUCAAUAUAGAAACUUUUCUCGCACAAACGUCAUCAUGGGUGUCACAAAGCAUGUUUUGAAGGAGGGCGAAGGUGCAACUCCUAAGCCUGGAGAUACCGUCACCAUUCAAUACACUGGAUGGUUGAAGGACUCUUCCAAGGGAGACACUCUCGAGACUCAAAAGGGCAACCAAUUCGAUUCCUCUGUCGGCCGUGGUGCUUUCGUCGUUCAAAUUGGUGUCGGCCAAGUCAUCAAGGGUUGGGAUGAGGGUGUUACUCAGAUGAAGGUCGGUGAGAAGGCUACUCUGGAAAUUACCCCUGAUUAUGCCUAUGGUGCCCGCGGUUUCCCCCCUGUCAUCCCAGCCAACUCAACUCUUCUCUUUGACGUUGAGCUCCAAAAGAUCAACUAAAUACGCGAGAUUCAAAAGUUUUCGAUCAUAGACCGCCAUUAAGGCGAGAAGGCUCAGGCUCACGAAGAACGAACGAACGAGUAAAUGAAUACAUACAUAUUGGGUGGUGGCAUACGUGAGCCGCCCAUUAAGUUGAGAAUGAAUACCACGUUGUUUCUAUGAAAUUACCAUGCACUUGGACUUUGUGAUGGUCAUCAAACCUGUGAUUAUUACAUCG